ACACUGUUCUGUUUCCUUUUAUGUCUGUCGUGCAGAAUAUUGUCUAUGAUGAAAGACGUUAAAGCCUCCAUAACUAUGGAGACAAUAUUGAAGGAGAAAGUAUCCAAAACAAAUGCAUACUCGUCAAAAUUCGACAAGUCUAUAACCUUGGGGAGAGUUGAGGGUUCUGUUGAGGCUAUCCGUGCAGCUUUACAGAUAUUAGAUGGAGGGGGCAAAGUAGAAGAUGCAAAAGCUGUUUGUGAGCCUGGGCUUCUUGCUCAGAUAAUGAAGUGGAGGAGCAAGCUGAGAGUGUAUCUCGCUCCCUUUCUAUAUGGCAUGCGCUACACAUCCUAUGGUCGCCACUUUACUAAAGUGGAGAAGCUGAAAGAGGUGAGCUUAAACUAUAAGCAUAUUUGUUGCCAGAAGAUAUGUGUCUUACUAAUACGUCAUUCCUUUUACCCUUCUCAAGCUAGUAUAAAAUAAGUUGGUGAUGUCCAUUAGCUUCUCUUUAUUUAAUAUCAUUCCCUAGUGGCUCCAUUUCCCAUUUCUUGGUUAUAGCCUAAACGUCCAUUUCCUAAGGUACUUGACUGACAUACAUGCCUUUAGGGCAAUCAUCAGGUGAUGAUUUUUCAGUAGGGUUUCAAUUAUGCAAGGCUUUUUCUUAGGCUCAACUUCUUUUGGGCUGUUAUAUUACUUCUCUUGAGAAAAUAUGGUUUACACAGGAAUGUUAAAAGAGGAACUCCUGCUUGUUCUUCUACUUCAAAAUAUUUUGUAUUUUAGGACCUCUUGUUGGCUACUGGAGACUAGUUACAAUGAAUCUCAGUGUUCACUGUUCAGAAGAUCAAAAGUGUGCAUAUCUAGAUACGAGGCAGAUUUGCAAGUACUUUCUUGUUUGUCUUCGAGGGAGUUUAUGCUAUUACCACUCUAGAAUUUGCAGUCAUAAUUAUAGUUCAUUUUCCCAUUCUAUUUUAUGUGAAGAAGCAGUGCACUACAUAAGAAUGCUAUCUUCCCUCCGCCCCCAAAAGCAAAACCCCCCCAAAAAAAAGAAAGAAAAGGCAAAAUUUGUGCUUUCUAGGUUAACGAUUCUUUUUCACGUUCUGGCUGGAUCAUUUUCAGCGUUGAUUUCACUUUGAUCGCGAUCUGUUAUAUUUUCCAAGUGCAUUAUAUUGCAUGCCAAUCAUCAGAUUGUAAGAGUGUCAUCACAACACAGGAAUUUACAAGCAUGGUUGAGUGCAUUGGUUUUUUUCCUAUUAUUUUAUUUAAACGUGGAGUGGAUCAUAUAAGGAAUGUUAUCAUGUUCUCACCUCUUGUAAAUGCUAAUAGAAGAAAAAACGCAGAACUUUCAACAUUUUCACUUAUGCAC